AUGCUAUACGAGCUGAUAGCUGUUGUCCGGCCAGGCAAUCUCAAUCAUGUGAAAGAGAUCGCCCGCGUCGCUGGACAACAGAUCCUGGCUUCUAACGGUGUGAUACGCGGCAUGAAGAACUGGGGGCAGUUCGACCUUCCCCGACCAACUACGAAACAUCAGACUCAGCACCAUCAAGGCCACUACUUUGUUAUGCAGUUCGACGCUUCAGUCAAGGCACAACAAGACGUCCGACGGUUUUUGAGUCUAGAUCCACGGAUGAUUAGAUUCAGCGUCAUUAAAAUCGGCGACAAAUUGGGGGGCAUCAACGGUGCCAUUGAAGAGGUGGACGGAGAAAUACCUUGGAAUUCGGGUACCCAAGUUAGAAACCCAUUCACAGACCCCAGGACAACAAGGACCGGACCCCUGAGAUAA